UGCUUGUUGAUCUCGGAGUCCCCCUCGUCGUCGAAGACCAUGGGAACCGUGCGCGCCGUCGUCCUCGCGCUGUCGUGCGCGACGACGCGCGCGCUGCUGCCGCAAGCGUCCUUCGCGCGCGCGCGGCGCGCGUCGCUUCUCAAAUCGCGGAGCAACGACAACGGUCGGCCCGAGCGCGACGAGGUGCCCAUCCACGGCAGCGCGAACCCGGCGGCCCCCCUGCCCGUGGAGAUCCAGCUGCGCAUCGCCAAGGAGCGCUGCCGCAAGGCCGAGGACGAGUCGCAGAGGACCGUCGCGGAGCUCGAACUGUCGAAGCUCGAGCUCGCGCACCCCGAGCUCGCGCUCAUGCAGGUGGCCAGCGAGCGCGCCCGGACGGAGGAGGGCUUCGAGUCCUGGCGCUGGGGCAAGCUCGCCGAGGAGGUGCAGCGCGUGUCGUCCGCGCUCAAGAUCGCCGCGGCGCCGCUCGACGCCGCGCCGCCGUCCGACGCGCGCGCGGGCGGCCUCGUCGACGGCCCGUCCUCGAAGGCCGCCGCCGAGGCCGUCUGGAAGAGCCGGUCGCGCGCCCUGAGCGAGCUCCAGUACUGGGCGCUCCGGGGCAACCGGCGCGCCGAGGCCGGCCUGCUCGUGGCGGUGUCGCAGCACGCGGGCAACUGGAUCGGCGAGGCCGCGGACCAAUUGUUGCGCCAGGCCUGGGGCGUCCACGCCGACGCGUCCGUCAACGCCAUGAUGCAGAGCGCCUGCGACGCGCUCAAGCAGAAGGACGCGGAGCGCGCGCUCGAGGGCUUCGCGGCCGCGGCGGGCCGGAGCAGCGACAUCGACGAGGGCAAGGGCUUCGCGGACGCGCACCGCUGGAUCGGCAUCACGCUCGACAAGGCCCUGGGCGACGACCGCAACGCCCAGGCCGCCUUCGAGGAGGCGCUCGACGCGUCGCCGCACAACUACGUCGUCAUGAUGGACCUCGGCAAGCUGCUCCUCAAGCGCGUGGCGCGCGAGAAGGCGGCGGCGGCGGCCCCGGACGCGGACGUGCAGACCCUCGCCGCCUGGAUCGGCGACGCGGGCGCGGCGGAGGAGAAGCUCGAGAAGCAGGCGCGGCUCUACUUCAAGCGGGCGAAGAAGCGGGAGAGGCAGCUGGAGGAGCGGGAGGAGCAGGCGCGGCUCUACUUCGAGCGGGCGACGUCGCUGAACCCGGCGCUCGCGACGGACGUCCAGGCCGUCCUCGUGCCCGCCCAGUGAGGCGGCCCAUCCAUGCCCCGCGAACCUCGACCGCCCCCUCCCCCAUCCUCACGAGCCGCCCCCUCCCAAGGUGCCCUGGCGCCAAAGACAAGCGUAAAAGUACGUAUUU